UUGAGAAAUAUUUCUGACACCCGUGGACCUGAAAGUUCGAAGCAAGCAACCAGCAGCGUCAAGAUGUCGACGUAUGCGAGGACUAAGCGGAAGGCUUCCUUUGAUAAUGACAGUAAUCAGAAUUUCAACUGGGGAUCUUCGCCUGCGAGGUCUAAAAAAGCACGACUUGAAGACGACGACAGCCAAUCCGAUUAUGCCAGUUCUACAGCUCCGACGUUUUCCAUGACCGAUCGCUUCACCCUUGCAGGCACACAGACGCCGCUCACCGAGUCUUCCAUUUCACGCCGCAAAACAAAACCUCGCGAGAAGAGGUUCGCCUGUUCCUGGACCGGAUGUGGGAAAGUCUUCGACAGGCCAAUCCGCCUGCAAGCGCAUUUCAAUACACAUACAGGCGAGCGGCCUCACCCAUGCCCACAUGACGGUUGCGAUAAAGCGUUCUUCAAAUCUAGCCAUUUGAAGGCCCAUAUCUCGGAAAAACAUAAUGCAGAUCGAAGUUAUGUCUGCAGCUUCGCAGUCUACGGAAGAGAUGGAGAGCUAGUGGCUUGCGGGCGUGCCUUUCCCACCAGCACGAAGCUUAAUAGACACAUUGCGCAGCAUGAAGACAGGGAAGAGACAACAUGUAGCUGGGCGGGCUGCGGACAAGUGUUUCGGAAGCAAGAGACGCUGCAGCGACACAUCAAAAAGGAUCAUCUACACGAGUUGCCCUACCUUUGCACUCACGAAACUGCCGAUGAAGGUGCAUGCGGACAAUCAUUCAGAACCCCCGGUCUUCUUAAAUCUCAUGUAGCGCACGACCAUCGUGCGAGAAAGUACAUUUGUGAGAUUUGCACUGCUGUCGGUUCUGCAGAUACUGUGCCUGAGGAAAUCGCUGUCGCAAACGAUCUAGACGACGCCUUUCUACCUCAACAAGCUGACGAAAAGAUGGAUGGAAAUGGUAUCACAGCACGAUCGUAUCCUUCCGAAGAGAAAGCAAAGGGCUCGGGAGAUCUUUCUGCGGUGACUUUUGCGACGUUUGCAGAUCUCCAGCUACACAACCGGAUCGUACACCCUCCUACUUGUACAGAAUGUGGCAAGCAAUGUAAAAGCAACAAGGAUUUGAAAGCUCACAUUGAAAUUUAUCACGCCCCAUUGGCAACAAGUACGACAGACGUUCAAGUCAAAGAUCUUCUCUGCCCGAUAGUCGGGUGCCCGCGAGCCGUGCCUGGCCACGGUUUCACCCGGAAAGGUAACUUGGAUGUCCACGUCAAGAAUGUACACGCGGGCGAGAAGGCGUUCGUCUGCGGCACCCACGACCUCUCGAACACUCCCAAGGUGGCUGGAUGGAACGGCAUCGGAUGCCAGCUGGCCCUAGGAACCAAACAAGCAUUGGUUGCACAUGUUCGGACGCAGCAUCUCGGCCUGGAUGCUGCAACUGGCGUCAAGACCGGCCUGCAAAAGAGCGACAAUUCCAAGAAAGGCCGACCUCGUAAAUUGCCUGGCGACGAAUCGGGCUCAACAGCAAUGGACGUUGAUAACCAAGCGUCACUCCCCCACCGCUCCUCUGCGCCACAGGUCAGUACUACCAUGGCCAUGUUGACCGGAGCCGGUUACGAAGUUCUACGACCGAUCCCUUGUCUCGUGGCUGCGUCACGGCAGUGUCAAAUGCGCUUCACCCGGGAGUGUGAUCUCGCGGUGCACAUGGAGUUGACGCAUGGUUGGCAAGUGGAUGAUAUCGAGGAGGCAUUGGCUGGCGGCGCGACUGCACUAGCUGCGGCUGCGCAAGUAACCCGUGACAUGUCGGUCACGUCGGACCAUAUCAUGGUUGACGCACCAAUGCAGGAAUAUGAAUUCGUCCAUGUUUUGGACCCGCAGCUCGAAGCGGCCUGAUUUCAGGUCAUGUAUAAGAUCAUGAUGAUUAUGAAGGAUAGAAACGAAGAACAAUGGGAAAUGUUGGAAGUAUGACCGGGAUAAUCUUCCUGGCCUCUGUAUUUCGUGAUCUCAUCGGGUACUUUGUCAUCCAGUCCCUUUCUA